CGAUCCAAACCCGUUUUGUACGUCUACCCGGUCCAACUAAAACCCUAGCUGCAUACUGCAUAUAUUCUCUGCAUCGUCACCUUAUUCGAGUUGCAGUGCAAAAUUAGCGAUUCACUUUACACUUCUCUUCUCUCCGCUGCAGAUUCAGAGCGCCUCCUACAGACCGAGAUGAAGGUUGUUGCUGCAUAUUUGCUGGCCGUGUUAGGAGGCAACGCCGCCCCCUCCGCUGAUGAUAUCAAAGAUAUCCUCAGCUGCGUUGGAGCUGAUGUUGAUGACGAUAAGGUCAGAUUUCUUCUUUCAGAAAUUGAGGGUAAGGAUAUAACUGAGCUUAUUGCUGCUGGACGGGAGAAGUUGGCAUCAGUGCCUUCUGGUGGUGGCGUUGCUGUUGCAGCUGCUGCUCCAGCUGGUGGUGCUGUCUCUGCUCCAGCUGCUGCAGCUGAGGCAAAAAAAGAGGAAAAGGUGGAGGAGAAAGAGGAGUCAGAUGAUGAUAUGGGUUUCAGUCUCUUCGACUAAAGAGUUUGUCCGGUUAUAUCAUCAAACAUAUCUCUUUUGUUUUGAUUUAGAGCUUUUUCUUAAACUAGGCAUUGAAUUGUUUGUCAGAUUGAUGUAGUUCUGCAGUUAUAUAUUUUGACUGGUGAAAUUUUUGACGACCUUGAUACUAGGGUUGUGUAAUGGUGAAAGUGAAUUUCGUUCCAUGAAUCUAUUGAGUUCUAUGCCAUUGAAGAGUAAUUAAUAAUUCA